CAUCGACAAUUCUCACAUCCUCUCCGCCGGAUUCCGCUGCUGGCCGAGUCCAUCCAGUCAGAGCUCCAUGCCGACGAGCCUGAUAAUAACGACGAUGGUCGCAUUAUAGUGAGGAAUUGAGGUCAGCCGGUCGGCCGAUUCGAAACUUUCGGUCAUGCAUUUUAUCAAACACUUGGGGAGGAGCCCUAACCUCUCCUCCUCCUCUUACCGUCCGUCGCUCCCGUCAUUACCCUCACCAUCCUCAUCUUCAGUUUGCUCUCUUUUCUCGUCGGACCAGUCCGUGAAUUUCUCGUCCUCUUCGACCUCAUCAUCUUCACCUUCCGAUCAAAAUCCCCCUUUUGGAGCCAGAAACACCCGGAACCAGCACUAUGCAUCUCUGUUCUGCACUCUCAUCCAACUAUUCCUUUCGUGCGGUCGAUUAUCCAAGGCCAUUGACGCUUUCGCCGCCAUGCGGAGGACUUACGGUCUCGUUCCACCCAACAUCCGCUCCUGGAAUCGGUUGCUUCUGGAAUUUAAUGCCUCCGGGUUAGUGUCUCAGGUAUGGCUUGUAUAUUCCGACAUGCUCUCUUGUGGGUUUGUUCCAAAUGUUGCCUCUCGGAACAUAGUCAUUCACUCUCUAUGCAAAGUUGGAAGCCUUAGUUUGGCCUUAGAAUUACUCAGGUAUUCUGAGACUGAUACUGUUAGUCAUAACACUGUAAUUUGGGGAUUCUGUAGACUAGGUCUCGCCCAACAGGCUCUGUGUUUGUUGUCUGAAAUGGUCAAGAAGGGUGUACCUAUCGAUUCUUUUACUUGCAAUAUCCUGGUAAAAGGUUUUUGCCAGAUUGGGAUGUUACGACAUGCAGAGUGGGUCAUUGGUAGUAUUCUCGGUACAGUGGGGAUUUAUCGAGAUAUUGUGGGCUUCAACACCUUGCUUCACGGGUAUUGCAAGGCCGGUGAGAUGAAUGCAGCUGUCGAGUUGGUGGAGAGUAUUCGGAAUGGAGGUCUCUUCCCUGAUAUCAUAACUUAUAACACUCUGAUUGACGGGCACUGCAAAUUAGGGGAUUUCACAGAGGCCAGCAAUGUCAUUGAUCUGCAUUUGGAGACUCAGAAGAGUGUAGACAAUGGUGGUAGUGUUAUGACGAUUGAAGGUACUGAAAACAAACAGUCUGCAGUUGGAGGAUUGGAAUUGAAGCCAAAUCUGAUCACAUAUACCUCGUUUAUUAGUGGGUAUUGUAAAUGGUUAGGGCUUGAUGAAGCACUUAGUCUCUAUGAUGAAAUCCUUAUGAGUGGCUUCUUGCCUGAUGUAGUAACUUAUAGUUCCAUCAUUGGUGGCUUCUGCAAGCAUGGGAGACUCACUGAAGCAGAAGCACUUUUCAAGGAGAUGGAUAGGAUAGGUGUGAAUCCUAAUCAUGUUUCCUACUCCAUUCUCAUUGAUGCCUUCUUUAAAGCGAGAAAUGCUGUGGGGGCCUUUGCCCUUCUAGGUCAAAUGGUAGUUCGUGGCAUUGCUUUUGAUGAGAUAUUGUGCACUGAAUUAAUUGAUGGGCUCUUUAAAGUUGGAAACCCUGGUGAUGCUGAGUACAUGUUUUGCUCUCUUCUAAAUCUUGACUUAGUUCCUAACAACAUUACCUAUUCUGCGUUGAUUGAUGGGCGCAGUAAAAUUGGGGAUAUGAAGGGGGUCCAAUCUUUACUGCAAGAAAUGGAGGCAAAACACAUUCCUCCCAACAUCAUUACAUACUCCUCAAUUAUUAAUGGCUACAUAAAAAACGGAAUGCUUGAUAGAGCAGCUAAUGUCUUCAGAAAGAUGGUGGAUCAGAGUGUUGUUCCAAAUGUUUUGACUUUUGGCAUCCUGAUUGAUGGUUAUCUGAAGGCUGGUAAACAAGAAACUGCUCUUAACUUCUUCAGGGACAUGAAAUUGAGAGGGGUGAUUGAGAAUAACUUCAUACUUGAUGCAUUCGUCAACAAUUUUAAAAGAGAGGGAAGAAUGGAUGAGGCUGAGGCAUUAUUUAGGGAUAUGAUGUCCAGGGGACUGUCACCUGAUCGUGUUAAUUACACUUCUCUGAUGGAUGGAUUCUUCAAACAGGGUAAGGAGUCUGCGGCACUUAAUACAGUCCAAGAAAUGACAGAAAAGAAUUUAGGGUUUGAUGUUAUUGCAUAUAAUGUGUUAAUUAAUGGGCUCUUGAGACUUGGCAAAUAUGAGCCAGGAUCUCUUUAUACUGGAGUGAGGCAGUCUGGGUUGGCUCCAGAUGUUGCUACGUAUAACACAAUGAUGAAUGCUUUUUGUAAAGAGGGUAACUUGGCAAACGCUCUUAAACUUUGGGAUGAGAUGAAGAGUAAUGGGUUAAUGCCUAAUACAAUCACUUGUAACACUAUGGUUGGAGGGCUUUGUAAAGCAGGUGAAGUUGAUAAAGCAAUGGAUUUGUUGAAUGACUUGAUGAUCUUGGGGUUUUGUCCUACUCCAGCUACUCAUAGGUUUGUGCUUGAGGCAGUUUCUGCACAUAAAAGGGCCGAGCCAGUUCUUCUUCGGCAUAAACAGCUUAUAAAUAUGGGACUUAAACUUGAUCGCAUGGUUUAUAACAAUCUUAUAACCAUUUUAUGCAGACUAGGAAUGACCAAAAAGGCAACUUCAGUAUUAGAGGAGAUGACAACAAAAGGCUUUUCAGCCGAUGUUAUCACUUUCAAUGCACUUAUAUGUGGAUACUGCAAAGGUAGCCAUUUACAAAGGGCUUUGGCUACAUACUCUCAAAUGUUGAAUGAAGGGGUUUCGCCUAAUAUUGCAACCUACAAUUUUCUUUUAAGGGGUCUCUUUGCUGCUGGUUUGAUGCAUGAGGCUGCUGGAUUAAUUGAGGAAAUGAAGGAAAGAGGCUUUGUUCCCAAUGGUAAUACAUAUAAUAUUUUGGUUUAUUGGAACGCAAAGAUGGGAAAUAAGAAGGAAGCAAUAAAGCUUUACUGUGACAUGAUAAUGAAAGGUUUUGUUCCCCAAGCUGGUACUUAUAACACCCUUAUCAGUGAUUUUGCCAGCAUGGGAAAGAUGAAGCAAGCUGGAGAGCUUAUGAAUGAGAUGCAAGUUAGAGGAGUGCCACCUAAUUCUUCAACUUAUGACAUACUAAUUAGUGGCUGGAGCAAGCUAUCAGAACAGGCAGGGCUGGACAGGAUGCUAAGAAAAUCAUAUCAAGCUGAGGCAAAGAAGUUAUUUGUAGAGAUGAAUGACAAGGGGUUUAUCCCAUCUGAAACUACGGUUAAGUAUAUCAGUUAUAACCUUGCAAAACCAGGAAAGAAGAUUGAUGCUAUGAAGUUGUUGGAUGGAUUUUAUAAGAGAAAGAACAUUUAAUGUAUUAGUUAAGAACGGAGGUGGCAUUUUAUCUUUAGAAAUGCUGGCUUCUCUGCAGCCGUUGGAUGAAAAUUAAACUAGUCUGAUACUACGUACUAGCAUCUGGUUCUUAAAUGCAUUAUAUCAGCCCAUGAUUUUUCCAGCUGGGCCAGUUGAAUACUUGAACUCUUAAAAUGGUGCCAACUUGAUACUCUGUGCCGGCAUGGGUAGCUGGCGGACAAUUGGUCAUAACAUCAUGCACCUUGCUCUGCUAUCUUGUUGGAACUAUCAGGAACUUGUGGUAUUGCUGAUUUGUCCAAAGCGUACGGCUUGGUGCUUUCAAUCUCCUCUCAGAAAGGUAGUAAAUCUACAGGUAACAUGC